ACUGUAUAUAUUAUAUUUUUUCAUUGUGAUUUAAAUUUUGUGUGUCGUUAAAUAAUGGAUGAGGAAUUAUUAGUUAUUGAAGAACAUGUGGAUGUUGUAGGGCUGCUAAUCGAAGUCAUACAACAGUACGAGUAUUUAUAUGACUUAAGUCAUAAAGACUAUAAAAAUACAAAAAAAAAGGAGUUAGCAUGGAAGGAAAUCUCAGAUAUAACCAAUGUAAGUGGUUCGUGUACAACUACUGAGCGAGUUUUGUUAUUUAGUAUUUUUCUUUUAGUGGAAGAUUGCAUGAAGCAAUGGAAAGCUUUGCGAGAUCGCUUCACAAGGGAGAAGAGAAUGAAGCCUUCUGGAUCUGAAGGAGCCGAAUCAUCUUGGAUUCAUUUAGAAAAAAUGGCAUUUUAUAAUAAUUGCACAAGGCCAAGAAAAACUCACACUUCCACUAUAUCAGUUGUGAAAGAUUCGCCAUCCUCAUCCCGGACAUCCUCCCGAUCCUCGGUAUGGUCUGGGAUAGAGACAAUUCUCUCUCCACAAUCGGAAGAAGAGGCAAUAGAAGAAACUGCUGACCAAACAAUUGUUAAUGAAACGGCAUCAACACCGAUUGCUUCAAAAACAAAGAAAGUACAAAGCAGUACAUCAAAACGAGGUGAAAAUGAACUUGCCGAAGUUAUAGAAACUGCAAAAAAAAUCGCCUCGUCACUUGAUACGCGUGCGAUUCCACCGAAUCAAAAUCGCACUUUUGUGGAGUAUGUUUACUCUCGGUUGAGUGAAAUGCCAAGUGAACAGGCGAAAGAAAAACGUCGAUCUAUGCUACGCAUACUGGAGGAUUUGGAGUGAUAAAGCAGCACUUAAAUUACUGUAAAUAAAUAGUACAUAUUAAACAAAUUAUAUACAUA